UAGUCAGAAUGCAGCUGGGAAAGGAAAAACAUCAUAAGGCGAGCAGCUUGCUGGCUAGCGAGGGACGAUUAAGAGGCGAGUCUGUGUGUGUUUGUGUGUUUCUCUGAACUGAAUCCACACGUCCAUCAUUAUCAUCAUCAUCAUCCGCGCAGUGUUCAGAGGCACAGGCGGGUUCAGUGAUGGCGAAGACUGAUGGAGGGGCGGCGGAGCAGGUCGACAUCUACGCAGAUCUAAACACGGAGGAGGGUGGAGACUCUUUGGAGGCAGAAGCUGACGCUCUUUAUGACGAUGUGUUAACUGGAUCGGUGGACAGCGAGAGGACUCUGGGAAAGCUGGACUCUAAGGAGGAUGGGAAAGGAGCAGCGGUGGCGGAAUCUGGCGGAGGAAAACGGUUCUCUGUCUACGUCGGCAACUUUACCUGGUGGACGUCAGACAGCGAUCUGAUAGCAAUGGCACGGAGGCAGGGUGUGAAAGAUAUCGUAGAAAUUAAGUUUGCAGAGAACAGGACUAAUGGUCAGUCCAAAGGUUAUGCUGAGAUGGUAGUGUCCACAGAAGAGUCUUUCAAGCGUUUAUUAGAGACCAUGCCACAGUGCAAGAUAAACGGCGAAAAAGUGGAGUGUCGUCAUGUUUCACGGAAAAACCUGGCUGAUUUUGAGGCUCAGGCCAGAAAACGAAUACCUCUGCGUCUGACCCCUAAAGGUGAUUCCGAGCGAGCCGACGGAAGGAAUUCGUCCGCCUCGUCUCCGUCAGACCUGCCUUCGUUACCUUUGCCUCUGAUGUUCCCUCCAGCCAAACCCCCUCCCCUCAUGCCCUCUUUUUAUAACACUCCUCCUCCUCCGCCUCCUCCUCCUCCUCUUUUUACCACUCCUCCUCCCCUGUUCCAUCCACCCUCACCUCAUGCACACAUCCCUAACGCACACAUCCCUAACACACACAUCCCCAACGCACACAUCCCCAACGCACACAUCCCCAACGCACAUAUUCUCAAUGCACACACCCAAAACUCACACACACCCUCGCUACACAUUAACCCCGCCUUCUUCCCCCCGAGUCCUGCGACACACAGCAGCAGCGGCAGCAGCAGCAGCAGCAGGACAGCAUUCAGCCAGCCGGGGGACGGAGACUUUGAUGAGCUGAUAAACAGGAACAGAACGAUUGCGAGCAGCGCCAUCACUAAAGCCAUUUCUGCAGCUACGUCAGGUGACAUCCGGAUGGCCAUAGAGACCCUCUACACAGCAACGGCGGUGAUCAAACAGUCUCGUGUGUUCUAUGACAAGCGCUGCCGCAUGCUAGUCGAGUCCCUUAACGACUGUCUGAACUCCAUAGAGACCAAAUGCUUCCCUUCUAGCAAGAGACACCGUUCUCGGGAGCGAGCAAGGAGCCGAUCGAGGGAUCGAUAUCGAGAGCGCUCGUCCAGCACAGACAGAGACCGAGAGCGAGACAGGGAGCGAGAGCGGGAGCGAGGGCGUGACCGAGAGCACAGGGACAGGCAUUGAUGGAACAUUUCGCACCAUUUUCAGUCCAUGGAAGAAGAAAAGUGGAUGCCAGUGUGUAUGAGGAGGCGCGGCCGAACGCCAACACUCUCUCCGCUCCUAACAUUUCAGUAAAGUUUCUAAAAAAAAGAUGCCAUGCUCUUUGUUGUGUAAAUGGUUCUGUAUAGGAAUUGAAGUUUUGAUUUUCCAAAAAAAAAAAAAAAAAAAAAAAAAAAAAACAGGCACGUUUUUACUGGCUGACUAAAGAAUCAUACCUCGGUACACCCACAAUUUACUUAGUUUUAACACCUUAAACAAGUCAAUGCCAUCUUUUUUUUUUUUGUUCCUCCUUCAUUUUGUAAUGAAACACGAAUGUACAAUAAUUAAAAAAAAAAAAAAAAAAAAAAAAAAAAAACCUGUAUUCCACUGCUGGUGUGCUGUAUGUGCCGUGACUCCCAUGUGUAGGAGAACUACUGUUUUGUUUUGUGUGUUUUUGGUUUUUUCUUUUUUUUUUUUUUUAAGGUACGACACAAUUCACUAACGCAAACUAGAAGGAAUUUAUCAAAUUCUGCAUUUUUUGAGUGAAUUAUUCAUUACAAGUGAUUCAAAAUAAAUAAAAACUCUAAAGAGUCGCGUUAGCAUUGUAACACAUAAAUGCAGUAAUUUCUAUGUGAAGUGUAAGCAAAGGAAGAAAAAAAAAAAAAAACAAUUUGACCACAAAAUGUCUAGUGUGGUUCAGUUGGUGGACGGGACGGUGUGGAGCUUACGGCAGAAAUGGUGUGAUCAAUUAAAUAUUUACUUUAUACGAUUGUUUCAAAUUUAGAAAAUAGCUCAAUACAUGAAAAAAAAUAAUAAUAAUUGUAUCAGAAUUCCAGUGGGUCAGUAGUUUAUAUACACCAAGUUUACUGUCUCUAAACAAUCUGGAAGAUUCCAGAAAUCUGAUGUAAUGACUUUUAAAAGCUUCUGAUUGGCCAGUUGUAACAAUAAGGCAUUAAUUGGGAGAGCACAUGUGCCUGUAUUUAAGGCUCUACCUUUAAAGUCAGUGCCUUUUUACACUUGAUACCAUGACAAAAUCCAAACAACUCAACCAAGACCUCAGGAAACAACCUGUGGAUCUACAGAAGUCUGAUUCCUCCUUAGGAACAAUUUCCAAACACCUGAAGGUACCACGAGCAUCUUUACAGACAACUGUAUGAGAAAUUAAAAAUCUAGGGGCCACACAGACACUCCAUCGUUCAGGAAGGAGGCAGAAAUUAACCUGAGCUUUGAAUGAACUUUGGUCCAAGUUGGAGGCAUCAGGAACCAAAGUAUGAACCUCCACCAUUAAGAGAGUCCUACAUCACCAUGGCCUGAAGGACUUGUGCAGGGAAGAAGCUCUUACUCCAAGACCAGUGUGAAGGUGAUCAGCACUGUUUGAAACAAAAAUGCAACUCUUUGGCCGUUAUGAUCAGCGCUGUUUACGGAGGAAAAGGGGUGAGGCUUUUAAUCUGAAGAACACCGAACUAACUGUGAAGCAUGGCGGUGGUAGCAUCAGCUCUGUCAGGAGGAAGGGGAGAAAAUUCCAGCACAGUAUUGUGGGAAGCUUGUGGAAGGAUACAACUAGGGUUUGAUUCAGGUUCAAGCAAUUAAAGAGCAACUAACUGAGUUUUUUUUUUUUUUUUUUUACUGUAAAUAUUGGCACCCCUGCAUACGAGUCAAAAAGUGUAGAAGAAUAAAAAAAAAAAAAAAAUCAAAAACACAAAAAAACGUUACUCUUGUGAUUAAAACCUGUCAAAUAUAAUUUAAAAAUCACCAAGUCUCAAGCUUUCAUACACCUUCGUUCCCUGGCUGGUGUGAUUACUCAGGAAGA